AUGGUUGAGCAUUGGGAUGUUAUAGUUAUUUACGUAUUGGGUUUAAAACUAGACACUGAGUCACGUAAACAAUGGGAAAUGAAAAUUAGUGAUUGUUCAGACGAAUUGCCUACAAUCAAUCAGUUCAAAUCUUUCCUUGAACAAAGAUUUCGGUCUUUGGAAUUUUUAGAUAACAAAGGUCAAGGUCGUCAGUUCAAUCGUAAUGUGCCAGUCAAGUCACUUCAUGUAUCGACUAUACUGUGUAUAUUUUGUCAGGAUAACCACAAGCUCGCUAAUUGUAAAAAGUUCGCCGGUCUCGAUAUUGAUAAGCGUCGUAAUUUUGUCCAAACAAACGGUUUAUGUUAUAAUUGUCUAGGAGCAAAUCACUCUGUAUAUGCAUGCCGCCAGUCCACUAGAUGUCAUAUAUGUAAAAAGAAGCAUCAUAGUCUUCUUCAUCUCAAAAAUGUCUCCAAAUCAGGUGGUGAUAGUAACAAACCUGAUCAAGUUGCAGAAAGCAGUGUGUCUGCUGUUGCCACUUCAAACCAGAGUAAUUCCACUAAUAUUGUAAGUUGUUUUGCUAAUAGUCAUAGCCAAAUAUUAUUGGCUACUGCGCUGAUUGCAGCGGAAUCAAAGAGCGGUACUGCUAUAGUAUUAAGAUCACUGUUAGACCAGGGAUCUCAGGCUUCCUUUGUGACGGAGUCCGCAGUCCAGCUCUUAGGUCUCAAAAGAGUACCAACUAAAGGUUCAAUUUCAGGUAUAGGUUGUGAUCAAGACCAAUCAACAAUUUCAUUAAAUUCGAUGGUUCUCAUUAAGGUAAAAUCACGCGUUGACCCUAGUUUUAUUAUCACGGUUAAGGCUUAUGUUUUAAAGAAAUUGACGACUAUUUUACCGGAAAGGAAAGUUAUGGCAAACGUUUUGACUACAAUCUCGUCUUUGACUUUAGCAGAUCCUUCGUUCGAUACUCCGAACAAGAUUGAUUUGCUUUUAGGCGCUGAAGUUUAUGGCCAGAUUUUGUUAGAAGGUUUAAUCAGAGGUUCACCUGGUCAACUCAUCGCACAAAAUACAAGACUAGGAUGGAUCUUGUCUGGUCAAGUAGGUGAAAUCAACCAAAGCGAGACAUGCCACAAUACAGUCGUCACAUUGCAUUCUACUCUCACAGAUGAGAAUACACUCCUCAAACAAUUCUGGGAACUAGAAGCUGAACCCAAAGGCGUUAACGACAAGGUCUACUUGACCCCAGAAGAACAAAGGUGUGAAGAAAUAUUUAAGGGCACGACCAAACGAGAUGAAUCUGGUCGCUAUAUUGUGCAUAUGCCCUUCAGGUCAAGCGAUCCUGCUUGUAAAUAUGGUGGAUCAAAAGACAUUGCUCUUAAACGCUUUUUAACCUUAGAAAAGCGAUUUCUAAGGAAUCCAGAGUUCAAGGCUCAGUAUUCAGCUGUUAUCAAUGAAUAUAUAGCUCUUUAUCAUAUGGAUAUAGUACAAAAUAGGGAUAAAGAAGGUUGUGUGUACCUACCUCAUCAUGCCGUCAUCCGUAAUGAAAAAAGUACAACAAAGGUGCGCAUCGUGUUUGAUGCAUCAUGUGUAGGUAGCAACGGGGUAUCUCUUAAUCACGAUUUAAUGGUGGGUCCUCCUCUACAACCUGAACUUCGUCAUAUUAUCAUGCGGUGGCGUUGUGAACCUAUCUGUCUGGUCGCGGACAUCGUCAAGAUGUAUCGACAGAUUAGGGUGUGCAAUGAUCACACAGAUUUUCAGCGCAUAUUGUGGCGUGAGAAUCCAGAUGACGAAAUUCAGGUGUUACGUCAUUUGCGAGUAACGUUCGGAACAUCAUCGGCGCCUUACCUAGCGGUAAGAUCAUUGCAGCAGUUAGCUCAGGACGAAGGCGCUGAAUUUCCUUUAGCAAAGAACCGCGUUCUUUCAGACUUCUACAUGGAUGACCUUAUGACGGGCUGUCAAACCAUAGAGGAAGGUGUAGAGAUAUACAAGCAGAUAUCGGAGCUACUUAAACGUGGAGGGUUUCCGCUCCAAAAGUGGGCUAGUAAUAACAAAGAAUUAUUGAGAUUAAUUGAAGACGGUCAACAAAUACCACAAACACAAGGGAACAUGGAACUAAAAACGGAUGCAAUUUCAAAAAUAUUAGGUUUAACGUGGGACAAAGACAAUGACGAGUUCGUUUAUAUUAUUCAGCUUAAUGAGCUAGAUUUGCCAGUUACGAAGCGUAAGGUUAUUUCGGACAUAGCGCGACUAUUCGAUCCCCUCGGAUGGUUAGCACCGAUAAUCAUCACUGCGAAGGUGUUCAUUCAACGAAUAUGGAUGACUGGGAUCGAAUGGGACGCACAACUACCUGCACCAUUGCUAAAAGAGUGGCUUGACUUUCGGAAGAACCUUUGUAACCUUGUUAAGUUUCGUCUGCCUCGUUGGAUCAACUCUAGCAAAGAGAACAGGGUUCUAGAAUUGCAUGGCUUUUCAGAUGCAUCCAAUGUAGCAUACGCCGCGGUGGUAUACGUUCGCAUUAUUGAUAGAGAAGGACAAAUUCAUACAACCUUGGUGACUUCAAAAACCAGGGUUGCUCCUGUUAAGCAGGUAUCAAUCCCUCGUUUAGAGCUCUGUGGAGCUGUCUUACUAGCAAAACUUCUUCAAGAAGUCGCUUCAACUCUAGAAGUUCCCAAACAGCACUUAUAUGCGUGGACAGACUCCUCCGUCGUAUUGGCGUGGUUAAGCAGCCACCCUAGUCGGUGGAAAACGUUCAUCGCGAAUCGUGUUUCCGAAAUACUUACCAUUAUGGAUAGAAGUCAGUGGUCACAUGUGUUGUCGUCGGAAAAUCCAGCAGAUUGCGCAUCUCGGGGAGUUAGCCCUUCUGAAUGUAGCGACCUGCAACUCUGGAAAAGAGGUCCGGUAUGGUUACAGAAUGAAAAAAUAGACUAUAAUAGAGGAAAUAUACAAGAAACUACGUUAGAAGAAAGAAAGAUAAAAAGAAAAUGUCAUGCAACUGCAGUAGAAUUUGAUGACAGUCUAUUAACUAGAUUUUCUAAGUUCAGUAGGUUAAUAAGAGUAAUAGCUUAUUGUAGAAGGUUUCUACGAAUGAAAGAAUCAGAACGUAAUAAAAUUAAAAUAACUAUUUGGCUAACUACAAAGGAAUUAAAUGAAGCUGUACUUACCUGUAUCAAAUUCUGUCAACUCCAGUCCUAUAGUGAUGAAAUAGAAUCUGUGAAAAAGAACCGUAAAUUAAAUAAGGGAAGUAGACUUACCUCGUUGAGUCCUUUUCUUGACGAUGACGGGAUCUUAAGAGUUGGCGGCCGCUUGCACCGGGCUUCGAUUGAUGAGAAUAUGAAGCAUCCCAUUUUAAUUCCUCACAAAUCACACUUUACCAAUCUUUUGAUUGCAGAGGCUCACGAGAGAACUUUGCAUGGCGGGCCGCAAUUGAUGUUGAAUUACUUAAGAUCCAAAUACUGGAUAAUCAAUGCAAAGACUCUCGUUAGGCAACAUGUUCAUAAGUGUGUAAUCUGUAUUCGACAUUCCACACAAACACAUCAACAAAUGAUGGGUCAGUUACCGAAAGCCAGGGUGUCUGUUCAGAAGCCUUUCCAAUGCAGUGGUGUGGAUUACGCAGGUCCAAUCAGCAUCCGAAGCUCUAAAGGUCGUGGUCAUCACUCCACUAAGGGUUAUAUAUGUUUAUUUGUCUGCAUGUCCACUCGAGCCAUUCACCUCGAGGUUGUCAGCGACAUGACAUCUCAGAGUUUUCUUGCGUCUUUCAAGCGUUUUGUAGCCAGACGUGGCCGAGUAUUGGACCUGUGGAGUGAUAACGGGACCACAUUUGUUGGUAGUGCAAAAGAAUUGCGACAACUAUUCAAUGCUGAAAGGUCUGUGGUAGCUUCCGAGAUAGCGGAUUUCCUUUCUAUGAAUGGUACGACAUGGCAUUUCAUACCUCCCCAUGCUCCAAACUUUGGAGGAUUGUGGGAGGCGGGUGUCAAGUCCACGAAGCACCAUUUAAAGAGAAUUAUAGGCACCAGCACAUUGAUAUUUGAAGAAAUGACAACUGUGUUGGCUCAAAUUGAGGCCUGCCUAAACUCGAGGCCUAUCUCUCAGCUUUCUAAUAAUCCAGAGGAUUCGUGUCCAUUGACGCCUGGGCAUUUUCUCGUGGGUGAACCUCUGGUAACUGUACCUGAUGUUAAUUAUGAAAAUUCAUCUCACCGAUAUAAAUGGACAGAUUGUAAGCCUGAACCUGAGAUUGGAGACGUAGUUCUGGUGAAGGAGGAUGGUCUUCCACCCGCUAGAUGGCUAUACGGUAUCAUUACAAAUAAACAUCCAGAUAUAAGGCCCUAG